CACAAUAUAUACAGAAGUUUCAGGCGCCAUAUUGUCGAUUUUGACCCAAUCCAAUAUAUACUUACAUUUUUUCUGUUGAAUAUCUGUCAUCGAGUGAUAAAAGUUGAUAUUUGUGACCGAAAUAUGCCUGUGAUAUUGUGUAUUUGUCGAUUUUAAAAAUAUUUUGUAAAUUUUAAGCAAUAGUCGAUGUGAUUCCAAAUUAAGUAUAUAACUAUACUUCCGUUAAACGACUAGGUCAUUGUCAUAUUUCAAGUGUAAAGUGAAUAGCAAGAUGAGUACAAGGGACGACGAAUAUGAUUAUUUAUUUAAAGUGGUUCUUAUCGGGGAUUCGGGCGUUGGAAAAAGCAAUCUUCUUGCUCGUUUUACUAGGAAUGAAUUUAAUUUGGAGUCCAAGUCCACAAUAGGAGUCGAAUUUGCAACUCGAAGUAUACAGGUGGAUGGUAAAACGAUAAAGGCGCAAAUCUGGGACACCGCAGGUCAGGAGAGAUACCGAGCUAUAACAGCAGCUUAUUACAGAGGCGCAGUUGGAGCUCUACUUGUCUAUGACAUUGCAAAACAUUUAACAUAUGAGAACGUGGAACGUUGGUUACGGGAAUUGCGCGAUCAUGCUGAUCAGAACAUAGUAAUCAUGCUAGUUGGAAAUAAAUCCGAUUUGCGACAUCUACGUGCCGUUCUUACCGACGAAGCCAAAGCCUUCGCUGAAAAAAAUGGACUUUCCUUCAUUGAGACGUCAGCACUUGAUUCCACUAAUGUUGAUAACGCUUUUCAAAAUAUAUUAACAGAGAUUUAUAGAAUUGUGUCGCAAAAACAGAUAAGGGAUCCUCCUGAAGGCGAUACAAUAAGACCUCAAAAUGUAGAGCCUAUAGAUGUUAAACCGACGAUGAACACAGACAGCGUUCGUAAGCAAUGCUGCCAGUAACAGAACUUAUUUUUUCUAUGUUGUCAUAAACAUUUAAAUAUUAAUGAAGUACAUGAAGAUCAAAGAAGCAGUGGCACCUAGUGAUGAUUGUCCCACAUUGAACACGAUGCUAUAAAAAAGGAAAAUUGGUAGUUACAAAAAAAAAAACAAUGUAAAUAAUAAUUAACAAAGUAUCGAGGAUAUUGAAGAAUUAUGUGGUUAAUAUUAAUUGUUAUGCUGCACACAAUAUAAAAAAAACACCUGUGACACUCAUACACGAAUAGCGCUGCUUUUUACUAACAAUUGUACUACAGUUAUUAUGCCUACAGUUUUUGUUUUUGAAUGAAAAGAAUAAUAGUUGUUUAUAUAUUAUUAUGUAGAUAAAUUAAAGAGAAAGAAGGAAAGAACAUUACUAUUAUUAUGUAUACUUUUCUUGUAUUUUGUAUUACUAUGAUUAUUGUAUGUAUAAUUGUAAUUUUGGCUGCCACGCAGGCAUUAUUAUUCAUUUUCAAUUGUGAUUAAAAGAGUAAACGUAUU